UCACCGCGAUAACUACACUGCGUUUGUCUGCUAUCGAUCCUUGGACAGCCUAACGACAGCUGUCGGUCAGUACUAUGGACGAAUAUUUAUGGGAAAAAAAACUACACUGUUGCGCACAUAUGAGAGAAAACUUUACCGCCUGGACUAGCUUGGGCACACAAACCACUGAAUGCACAAUAGGACCUUCAUUAAGUACAGGUUCAUACGUUGACAAUAGAUUAGAAGCUGAAAAGAAUAGUUCUAAAGCACAUUCUGAUAAACAGAAAAAAUACCUCUCUGUCAUCAUUCAUGAUGAAAAGAGCCUUGCGACAAAGCAAGAGUGUACUCAGAAUAAAUCCGAAGGCAAGCGCAAAAAUAGAAAGAGCAACAAGAAAGCAUUGGCAAGUAUCAAGGUGGAUUGUUUUUGGCGUCCGUUUCAAUCGAGUGAAUACAUCCUGGCAAUGUCAAAUACGACGGAAGACUUGAUCUUUGCCAAAGCAACAGGAUAUUGGUCAGUUGAUGAUUUUCACGUGGAUUUUAUAAACACUCUAUUUACGUCUUGUAAAAAUGUAUACUUGAUAUUCAUUCCUCAGCAAGCAGACUAUAUCAGUGGCUUUGGUAAAAUAACGUCAAAGGCGCAACCGAUACACUCUAUGGAUUUGAAGAAUACUCCAUUUGCUGUCAAGAAAUCUGAAUUCCAAAUUGUAAAGGAAGGCAGGAAUUGGCGCAAUAUACUCAAGAUUAGAUGGAUCAACAAAUCAAAGUUACCAUUAGCUAUUGUAGGGGAUUUAGAGAUCAGAAUAAGCGACUCUCAAAAAGUAAGCAUCAAGGCGUGUCCAGAUAUCACAGCUCUAGACAAUUUAGUGGGAAAAACUAUUGUAAGGGCCUUCUCAGAAUAA